AUGGGAGAGGUGGUCAAACUCAAGGGCGCUAUAUUCCGGGCAACGAACCCAGGGAGGGACGGGGAAGGCGAUCCGACAGCGAUGGUUGAAAUCAACCAGAUUCUCCAGGAGCACCCCAACUUGUAUUCCUCUCCGAAUACGCUAGAGGAAGCAUGCCGGCUGAUUUUUGGGUCCAGAAUCAUGGAAGCUGUCAAGAACAUCAAGGCUAGAGUCAAAGACAAGAGCCCGCAAGUUUCUGUGGUGUCUCUGGACCUUCUAGAUCAGUGCAUGCAGAGCAACGGAUUUCAGUUCCAAGUGUUGGUGAUGAAGAAAGUUCUGUCCCGAGUCCUCAAGCUUGCGACGCCGGGGAAGAUGCGUCCAGGAUUGAGCUCUUAUCCGAAUGCAACGAGGCCAUCGAAUAUGGACGCGGGAUAUGGAGAUAUGCGCGAGGACUUUUCCAACGGCAACUACGCUCCUGGGGCUGGAUACAACGCAGAUAUCAAUCUCAAGAAGGUCGAUCUGGAUCAGGGGAAGGAGUACCUUACGCUGCUGUCGUCGAUGCUGACAGCAGAAGAUGCGUCAAGCUUACACGGCAACGAGGCUCUGGCGGAAGUAGUAAUGAUGUGUAAAGCGUGUGUGGUUGCGAUACAGAACCAAGUUGGAGAAAUACAAGAUGAGGCUCGGCUCAUGCAAUUCUUGACAUUGAAUGAUCAAAUCACGGAGAAGUUGAAUGAAUAUGAAGAUCUGCUAAUGGGGAAGAAGCGGCCAGACCAAGCGCAGCAGCAUACAUCUCCCACGACGAACGCCGAGACUCCUGUCUUCCAGUCCCCCCUAUCAGCGAGUUACGACGAGGACGAAGAGCUGCGACAGGCUCUGGCGGAGUCGACCAAGACAGCGGCGGAGGAGAAGGUGAAGGCGUCGAAGAGAGAGGAUAUGAACGUGCUGGAGGAGCUGUUCGGGUCUCCGAAACCUCCUCCUCCUCCAACUCAUCCCUUCAACUCGCCCCUGGGGAUGCCGCAAACUAUCGCGAGUUCAAGCAUGCAUCCAAAGGAGGAUGACAUCUUCUCUUUAGGGCCGAGCGGGCAGGGACUGCACAAUCAUGGAAACUACUCGCAACCUCCUCCCCCUCCUUUUUCUCCUCCCCCUGCUGACAAUCCCUACAUGCCGCCCCCUGUGCCACAAGUCCCUGUAGUUCCAUCAUCUUCAGCAUCAGUAGCACCCAAGGCCAACGCCUCGUUGAUCGACGACUUGGUUUCUCUCGACCUGUCUGGCGCAACUCCUCCUCAGCCGCCUAACGCAGCUGCUAGUGUGCCGGCCAUGGCGAUGAACAGCGCACCUGAUCCUUUCGCCUCGUCCUUCAUGCAGCCGCCCAACUUCGCAGCAGGCAGCAUGUCGCUCAUGGGAGGCUUCGACGCUCCCGGGACUCACGUGGACUUGUCGGUCAGCGGUCAGUCGCCAGGUGCCACCUACGAGCAGAUGUUCAAUUGGCUUGUGCGGCUGGCUGUGAACAAGGAGGGGAUCUUGUAUGAAGACUCGUUUGUACAGAUUGGAAUCAAGUCGCAGUACUCCAAGAGCAACGGGAAGUUGGCGAUCUUCGUGGGGAACAAGAUGCCGCAGGAGAUGACCAACUUCGCCAUUCAGAUCCAUUUUUCGCAGGAGUUGUCGGGAUCGGUCUCGAGCCACACCAACCAGAUCGCAGCGAAGCAGCAGCUGCAGCUGACCACGUCCAUGGCUUGCUCAAGGCCUUUCGUCAACCCCGUCGGCAUGACGAUCUCCUUCUCUUCCGCAGCCGAGCAGCGGGUCCUGUCGCUGAAGCUUCCUGUCUUCUCCUGCAAGUUCACGACGGCAGUGCAGCUGAGCAAGAGUGACUUCGACUCCAAGUUCGCCUCGUGCUCCUCCUGCGGUCAGUGUCAGACCAUCAGCACCACCGAGAAGUGGAUGAACGUGUCAACGCUCAAGGCGAUGCUCAACAAUGGGCUGCACAUGGGGCUGGUGGCGGACUCGGCGGAGAACUCCAUCCAUGGCUGCGGCCUAUUCGAGGGCAGCGGCGUGACAUCAGAAUGCUGCUUGCAGAUGACGGCGAAUCAGGCGGAGAGGACGCUGACGAUGACGGUGAAUGCCAACGAUGCGGUCUUGAGGUCUUUUUGUACUCCUUUCCUCUUCUCCCCUCACGGACGUCUCAGGGAGUCUGUAGAGCGUCUUCUACAUAUGCUGCUCGGGGCAAGCACAAAGGCACCAGGGUUCUAG